CUUCCUACUGCACAUACUCAGUAAUGAACACAGUCACUAUGCAUUAACACUUGUUGGGCUAUAGUGCCAGUGAGGCUUUGAGAUGGCUUUAAGAAUAGCCAGGCUCUGUUUAGUUAGCUCACCCAGAGGAGGCAUACUAGCUAAUGUGCUCUGGCUAGUAUUUGCUCUCUCCUUCCUAUGGUUCCCCUACAUUGGUAUGUGGGUGUUCCCUUGUCAGCAGCAAAGAGAGCACAAACAUCACUCAAACUCAUGGUCUAAGUAUGGACCUACCUCACAGCUUGUGGAUUACACCACAAUAGAGUCACUAUCCACCCAAAACCAUACUAUACCAAUCGUUGCUCAGGAUCAGAAAAAGAGGCUUAAAAAUUUCUGUGCCACUCACAACAUGCCUAGCAAUGUUUACUCAGAGGCUCGUGUGAAAGAUCUCUAUCAUCACAUUCUAGUGGACGACCACAGAAAAUUACUCUUUUGCUACGUUCCAAAGGUGGGGUGUUCAAACUGGAAGAGAGUGUUUCUCAUUCUAUCGGGGAUUGUCGACCACACCCAAAAGAGCCGGCCUAGCAUCGAAGUGUUUCGACAAGUCAAUUCACUCGAGAGUUACAACCCCAAAGAGAGGGAGUAUAGACUAAGAAACUACUUCAAAUUCAUGUUCAUUCGCUACCCCCCUGAGAGGGUGCUAUCAGCGUACAGGAACAAGAUAGAGCACCCCCUGAUAACCGACACGGACGAACAGAGCAUAUGGGACGAAGUACGCUACUCAAUACUCAACUCAUACAGAAUGAAUUUCAACGUGAAAAUGGCCAAAGAGAAAGAAGAUGUAUACCCCACGUUUUCAGAGUUUCUUCAUUUUCUGUACGACUCGGACCCUGUGGAAAUGAACGAGCAUUACAAGCCCAUGGUAGAGCUGUGUCAACCGUGUGCAGUUGAGUACGACUUUGUUGGUAACUUUGGUACAAUGAGGAGCGAUGCCGACGCUAUAUUGGAACAGCUGGACAUAGACUCAGCGCUAUUCUGGGACAGAGGGAAACACAGGAAGCCUACGAAUUCGUAUGUACAGAAGUACUACUCGAAGUUACAGCCAGCUGACUUCAGACGAUUAGAGGAGAGGUUCGGUGGAGACAUGGCACUCUAUGAUAGUUUGUUCCCCUUUACUGGAGACCCAAACUAUGGAACAAUUAGAGACUCUAAACUUUAGUGUAUACUAACAAUACCGAAGUGAAUACCCCGAUACUAUAGCAUUGCAUUGUACACCAUGCACAAUCAUUACUCUACUGAAAGUGUACACUAUAAUGGAACAUUUAAACUAAGUGG